AGGCCCGACGCCGUGGCGGCGCCCUGGCCGGCGGCUGCCAGGCCUCCGCCCGCGGCGCCCGCGCCACGGCAUGCCGGGCCAACCCAACGGCGGUCUUCGAGACCACCAUGGGCACCUUCAAGGCAGAGCUUUUCCUGGACAAGAUGCCAAUCACCUGCUCCAAUUUCAUCGACCUCUGCAAGACUGGGUUCUACGACGGCAUCCACUUCCACCGCGUCAUUCCCAAUUUCAUGAACCAGUUCGGCUGCCCAAACGCCAAAAACCCCCGGUCUCCCAGGGCUGGCACCGGUGGUCCCGCUGAUGGUACCUCGUUCGAGGUUCUCGAUGGAACUGGCAAGAUCAUCAAACGCUUGCCGGGCGGCAACAUCCCGGACGAGCUCAUCACAAAGAUCACCAACGGGCCAGGCACCCUUUCCAUGGCGAACACGGGCCAGCCGAACAGCGGGGGCUCCCAGUUCUUCAUCAACGUCGCCAGCAACGACUACCUCGACUGGUUCGACAGGAGGUCGCCCUCGGCCCACCCGGUGUUCGGCGAGAUCACCGAGGGCUACGACCUCGUCGAGAAGAUCUCCCGGGUUCGCACUGUCCAGGAUUCGGGAUGCCCCGGUCGAGCCGAUCAUGAUGAAGACGAUCACCAUCGAGGGCCUGUAGGCCCCCCGGGAUCCAGCCGUUCCGAGGAGGUCGGGGGGCCGAGGCUUCGACCAGCCCGGGCGCCCUCUCGGGCCAGAGAGCAGCCAGAGACAGCCUCUGAGGUAGUAAGCUAUAGGCGUAAUGUUGGCCCCGGCCCCCCCCCCGUCCUCAUCUCGGGGGGGGGGGCAGGCGCUCCCUGCGGUGAAAGAUUAUUAUUAUUAUUACUAUUAUUACUAUUACUAUUACUAUUAUUAUUCUUCUUCUUCCUCCCUCGGUCUGGUGACCCCCCAGCUGGCGUUCCAGUUUCUGCUGCACUGGCAUGUAUGCUCUGCGUGAUGUCAGGGGAGGCAGCUUCAGCGAUCUUUGGCCGCUCAAGAAUUGCAGGUCCUUUGGCAGCUUGGCGAUCCUUGGCGAUCUUUGGCCAAGGAUGGCAGCUUGGCGAUCUUUGGCCGGCCCAAAAUAUUUAAUGGCAUGGGUUGGCCUAUGGCAGGUCGGCUUGUGCGGUGCUCCCCGUUUGCCCGGCGCCUCGCGACCUUUUGAUUCGCGAUGUUGGUGUGGCACCCGUGCAGGGCUCUCAAUGGACCUCCUGGGGUCUCAGGGUUGGGUCUCUUGUGGAAGGUCUCUUGCGGACUGGCUUCCGCUGUAGGCUGAACUUGUCGGAGUUCCGCGCGGAUUUUUUGGAUCGGCGGUUGACCACCCCUGGCGGCGCCUCCAGCGCCGCCCCUGGCGUGCUCCGCGCGCCAGGGAGGUGGGGCCCAGCGCUGCCAGAAAUGUGGGUGGGAGUGGGG